AUGCGCUCAUCAUACCUCCUCCUGACAGCCCUCCCGCUAUCCACGGCUUCAUCCUACACCUGCCCGCCCCUCGGCCCCGUCCUCCCGAACCAUCCCAACCCGCGCGCCCACCCGGCCGUCCGCGCCGCCCUCGCAACCUUCGCCGCCUCCCUGGAAGCCGAGACCGCCGCCUUCCACGCCUCCGCCGUCUCCGUCGCCGUCAAGUCCGCCCUCGAGGACGAGCCGCUGCUGGAAUUCCACCACACCCCGCGCGCGCGGGAUCCUCGCGGCGCGGGGCGCGUCGACGAGAACACGGUCUACCGCCUCGCGAGCGUGAGCAAGGUGUUCGCGGUGCUCGCGGCGCUGAUGAGGGAUGACGUGGUCAGGUGGGAUGAUCCUGUUACGAAGUACAUCCCGGAGCUGAGGGGGCCGGUGGAGGGGGGAGUGGUCGUGGGGGUGGAUGUUGUUGAUUGGGAGGACGUUACUGUCGAGGGCGUCGCGGCGCAUGUUGCGGGUAUCGGGGCUGAUAUGAUGACGGAUCGGAGCCAGUAUGAUGGGAACUGGGAGUCCCUCGGUCUGCCUCCCAUUCCGGACGACGAGAAGACUCCCGCGUGUGGUGGAUUCUUGGGCGCGCCGCCUUGUACGAGAGAGGAGUUCCUGGAUGUUUACAAGAAUCGCCGUCCGCCGGUCUACCCGUCCUACCACACUCCCGUCUACUCCAACACGGGGACGACCCUCGUGGCGCUGGUCGUCGAGGCGGCGACGGGUAAACCGUUCGACCGGCUCCUCCGCGAGCUGAUCCUCGACCCCGUCGGCAUGUCCUCGACGUAUUACCCCUCGCCGCCGGAGGACUUGAGCAAGCUGUUCAUCCCGGAGAACUGCACCAUAUUCGACUGGAAUCUCGGCGUCUUUAAUCCCGCCGGGGCGAUGUACUCCUCCACACGAGACAUGCUCAAGUUCGGCGACGCGAUCCUCCGCCACCGCCUCCUCUCCCCGGCCAGGACCCGCCGCUGGCUCAAGCCCUCGACCUUCACCUCCGGCCCGGACGCCUUCGUGGGCCAGCCCUGGGAGGGGUACCUCUCGGACAACCUCACGGCGGACGGGCGCGUCGUCGAGGUGUACACCAAGGGCGGGGACAUUGACGAGUACAAGGCCGGGCUGGUGCUGGUGCCGGAGCACAACGUGACGAUAACGAUCCUCGCGGCGGGGGGCGAGGCCGCGGGGCGGCGGUUCUCGUAUUACGCGGAGACGAUGAACGCGGUGCUCCCGCCGCUGAUCAGGGCGCUCGACGAGGCCGCGAGGGACGACGCGCGGGAGAAGAUCGUGGGCGUGUUCGAGGACGGGGAGAGCGGCUCGCGGAUCGGGUUGGGGCUCGACGGGGGACCCGGGGUGAGGGUCGAGGACUGGGUCAUGCGCGGGUUCGAGGUCGUGCCGAAUUGGAGGCGGUAUAGCCACGCCGGGCUGAACGAUACGGGGAUGCGGCCGGACCGGGAGAGGACGGCGAGGGUGUAUCCGACGGGCCUACUCCGGGAUGGCGGACGGGCGGCGGGGUGGAGGGCCGUGAUUGACGUGCUCGGGGAGGGGGAGAGGGAGGGGAUUGACGGGGAGAUGUUUUGGAGGAGGGCGUCGUGUAUUACGUGGUUGACGAUGGAUCGGGUGUCGUAUAAUAACGUGGGGCUGGACUAUUUCGAGUUCGGGUAUGGGGAGGACGGGAGGGUUGAGAGGGUUUAUGCCAAGGGGUUUGGGGUCGAGAUGAGGAGGGUUGAGGUUGAGGGUGGUGAGGAUUCGUUUGGGUCUCAGGAGUUGUAG